GCAGCAGGCGCUCCUCCCCUUCCCGAGGACUGUGUGGCCGUGGAUCGUCAGACAUUUUCUGAGUGCUGUGUCUUGUUGUAUACGGAUCUAGGGAAGAGUCGGAAAGCCGGUGGAGGUGACCAGUGAGGUUUUCUAUGCAGUCAAGGCAAUCUGGCAAAUCGUACGUCGGUUAAUGAAGAGCUUUGCAGAUUCCAGUGUCAUCUCUCUGCCUACUGCCUGCCCAUUGGACAAUGACUCACCAUCCUCUUCUGUGUCCAUCUUGAGCGUAUGGAUAACAAUGGCAGUCGUCUACAGCCAAGGCCAAACCUCCAUUAUAUAACUGUCUCCUUUUGAAUGACAUAGAUGUAACAUGCCAGUAUUAAAGGACCCUGAUAUGCACCAGUUGAACAAUACAGAACUUUAUAAUGUGUGGAAAGGAGAGUUAUAUAUUCAGGAACAGCGUGCCUGCAAUAUUAAAUUCAAGUCAUCGGGCUCUUGCAGCAUUCCUGUACAGCUGCCAAACAAGUUAGAAAUAAAAGAAGCCAUAAAAUUAUCUCAACUAAGAAAAGCAUUGCCAGUUCAAAUUUUCGAUCAGAUCAGUUUUACAGGUCAAGAAGGUUGUUUCGAAAGUAUCUACUACACACUCUACGCAGUAAAAUCGUCAAGUAUAGAUGGAUUUGACAUUGACAAGUUGCUGGAGUGGAUGAAAGAUCAGGAAUUGGCAUUAAUUAAAGUAUUACAUGACCAGGGAUUGCUGAUUUUGCUGACGUCUUCGGCACUUCAGUGCAGCGAAGGUCUCAGUGUGAAAGAUUCUUUCCAGCUUUUUGCCUUGUUUUUAUUCCCCAACUCACGAUUGUUGGAUAAUACAGGAAGUGAAGAUUUGGGUUACAAGCUUGUAAAGGAAGAUAUCUCACUUAAAAUAACUGAAUUGCUGCCUGGCCUUCAGUAUGCAAUUCUAGAAACAAGACAGAUGCAAAAAGGCAAAGACCUUUAUCCUGAUACUUUGGUGGAAAAGCAUUUCAAACAGUUUGCCAGUCUUCAAGGGAAAAAUUUCAGUGUCGGGGAGCUAAAAGCAGGAACAAGUAACCGUUUCCUUCUUUCUGGUCAUGGAAAAGACAUUGCUGAUCAAACUGACCAGUUGUUUUUUUCUCGCCUGCAGUCUUAUAUUUCAUCACCAGUAAAUUUCAGUGUUCCUCUGGUAAAAAUGUCCAGUCUCUUGAAGGAGGAGAUCCCAUUGUCUAGCGACUCUGAAAAAUGUGGCAAAAACGUAAUAGGAAAGGACUCUGUUGCCUUAGAAUCUAAAACACCUUUAUUAGCCGCAAAUAACAUUAAAAGCGAUGGUUCAAGUGGAAACCAUGUAUUGAAUGAAAACAAAAAGCAACCUGCCAAGAAGAGAAGCUUCAAGAAAGGUGGAAGACGAGGAGCCAGGAAAGGCAAAAGGAAGCUUAAACACCAAACUGCUUCGCCUUCUAGUGCUACGAGUGAGAACCAGGUUGCAAGCAAAAAGAGAAAGCUGAUUGGUGGAGACCAGGAACAAGCAGUCUCUUCAAACAGAACCACAGUAAAACUUGCCAGUGCUCCUCUUGCACACAGGAGAAAGAGAGGUGCUGAAGUGUUGACUGCUGAAUUUGUGAUUGAUGACAAAGUCAGUGAAACAGAAACUACAGUUGCAAACAAAAAGAGCCAAGAAAAAGGCGCUGUUCUUAAAAAUAAAUUGAUCACAGGGAAAGCAAGAAAAAAGGCUUCAACAGACACCCACGUUGUGCGUGACAGACCUCCAAAACGUAAGGCCUCUGAUCCAGGUAACAGGAAAAAAUUUACUGAAGUUAAAGCCAAAUCAGAAACUGCGAAAAGACCAGUAAAAAAAGACAAAGGAAAGUCUGGGAAGCAAUCUAAAAAAACAACGGUAUCCAUUAAUAAUGUUCCCUUUGAAGCAGCUAGCUCAUUCAGCAAGACCAGCAUGGACCACAAUUUGACCAUUAAUCAAUCGGCUCACCUAGCACCAGUUCCCGAGACUGAUAUAAUGGAGAAGCGGAUAAGCAUGUAUGAAUCUCAUGCCCUAAAUCUCCUGGCUGACUUGGCUUUAAAUUCACUCUCUUCCUCAAGUAUUUCAUAUAUAAACUCUGAGAAUACUUCUCACAUGAGUGAAACUGUAGUCCAGGAAAAGGUUCCCGACAGCGAUGGUGGAAAUGCUGUUGAAUACCCACAAAAUAACAGCCCCCCAUUACAAUCUAGCAGUGCCUCUGAAGAGCCUGUUCAGCCUAAGGCUGGGGGUGAUACCAGUCCAUCACAGCAACGUACAGAGAACACUGAGAAACCAUCCUCCCACAAAAUGCUUCUUGCAGCCGCUAAGGCAAAAGCACGAAACAAUACCACAAGUAAGAUUUGUUUGGAGCAUUCUUACUCCCAGCUUCCCAGAGACGAUGCACAAGAUAAAUCCACAAAGGACCCAAGUGAAAAGCCUUCACCGUGUGUUUCAGAACCGACAAGUCCUGAGAUUGAAGAGGUAUUGGACCAGUCAUCAGACUUCCUCAUUCCAAGGGAAUUUCUGCAUUUGACCGGUGAUAUUGGGUGCCCUUCCUUGUAUACAAAGCCUCGGGACGGGUCAAGGCUCCGGGACAACUUCUAUAUUACAUUUAAAUGGGAAGCAAAAUAUGAUUUUGAUUUGGAUAGCAAGUUUACCAGUGAUCCAUUAGAAAAAACAGUAAAUCGGGCUCUACAUGGACCGUGGAACCCCAACUUGAAGGAGAAGGUGGAGGAUGUGAAAAUUAUUUUGCACAUGUGGUUGGCUCUCUUUUAUAGUAAACCAAGCCAGCCGGUGAUCAGCUGCUCUCGGAAAGUUGUAGAACAUAGUAACCCAGCAAAAUACGUCUCCAUCAACACAGUGCAUGACCCACUUUGUGAGAUUGUAGAGACUGAUAUUGCUGAUGCCGAGAAUGGCGAUGAGAGCGACCUCCUGAGGAAUUCCCCUCGCACGCCACCCCGAAUCAUGUCGGGUGUUUCCCCAGCGUGGCAUGAAAUGAAGGAAAAACACAGUAGCCAUCAACCUGUGGAUUUAAGUGUUGCUUCUAAAAUGCAAACAAAGGAUUAUAAUAUAAAAUUGUCAAGUGAGAUCUUCCAAGUAUAUAACCAGAGCAGUUUGAGUGCACUUUACACAAAUAGCCUUCAAACAACUGUGAUGUGCAAAAUGACAUCAACAAGCAAAGUUGCUUCACCACCUACAAAUAACACGAAUACGAUAUUUUCUGCCAAUAUUCCAACGGUGUGCAAUACUGAUGACAACAAGCAGUUUAACACUGAACUAACUGCUAAAUCUGAAACAUGUGUGCCCAUUGGUGGUGGUUCUUCUAGAAAGGCGGACUCCAAAGAAAGCGAGCAUGAAUUUUCGAAACAUUCCUCCAGUGCAGAAAAAACACAAAUGUCCAUUGACUCAGAAAAAGGUUUUAGUAUGUUACAUGAAGAUUUAUGUUCAACAGUUUCUAAAAAUGCCGAAAACGACAUGCCUGUUUCACCCGAACCUGUGAGCCGUAUACAAGUAGAAACAUUUCAUGAUGAGACAUUAUCCCUGACUAGUGAUGGGAACCAACAAACUACAACCAGAACCGAGGUCAUACCUCAUGAGCAUACUUCUGUUACAAGUAGCACUAUUGAUAAAGAGGUUUCCCCCUCUGGUGCCUUAAACAUAAACAGUACUUCAAAUGUCUUCCAUGAGGACGAUGGACAUUCUGACCACUCAGACACAGAGGAAGAGAUUCUCAAGAAGAGAAAUCCUUUGGUUCCCCAGAUCCAAAAUGUAUCGGCAAACGCUGAGCAGCAUGAAUCUGUAUUAGAGUCCGUUGGUGACAGAGAUUUACUGGAAGCCAAGCUUCAGGGUGUUAAUGUGGACUUGGCUGUAGGACAGCAUAAUAAAGAAAAAGAACAGGAUACAUCCAAUGUUCACUUAGGCAUUACAAAUAGUAAUGGUAGUAAGUUGGGGUUAUGUGAGGAAAACAAUCAAACGAAGGAUUUGAAAUCUUCAAGUUUUCGGGAAAACCUGUCGCCUUUGAAAAGCUUGAAGUAUGGCUCCAAUGCUAGUCCUUUGAAAGAUGGAAAGGCUUUAGAGUCUGGGAUACGCUUAAAUGAUGACAAACGUCUGACUCUUCAAAGGCCAAACACAUCAAGAAUUUUCCUGGAGUUCGUGCACCGUGAAAAAUCUAGUAUGCCAAGUGGAAGUCAAGACAGAGCGAAAAAUAACAUUGAUUUGCUAGCAGAGAACACUAAAAAAGUGGAUUCCUGUACUGUCAUUGAGUGUAAUGAUGGUAAAGCUUCCAUUAUUGAUUUGAAGCUCGCGGCUAACAGCGAUUUGAAGCUCGCGGCUAACAGCGAUUUGAAGCUCGCGGCUAACAGCGAUUUGAAGCUCGCGGCUAACAGCGAUUUGAAGCUCGCGGCUAACAGCGAUUUGAAGCUCGCGGCUAACGGCGAUUUGAAGCUCACGGCUAACAGCGUUAAAGAAGCUACAACAAGUUCUUCAACAAAUGAAGUAUUAGGAAAAAGAUCAGAUGAGCAGGAAGAGUGUCAAAAUGAGCCUUUGCCUGCUAAAAAAGACACUAAUGACAUUGCUCCAUUUGGGAACAUGGGGAAGCUUGAAUUAAGCCCAAGCUCCAGUGAUAUUUCAGACAUUGAAGAUCUAAAUACAGAUAAGACUGUCGAGGAAACAUUGCAUACUGAUAAAAAUCCUGAUCUGGUAGAUACAUCUUCAGAAGCCCCUGUGGCUGCAUUCCACCAGGGUGAUGAUGGAAGCCCUGAAAAUGAUCAGUCCCAAGUAAACAGGAACACAGUAGCCAUACAAAUUACACAUCAUAGCACUGACAUAAAUGAAACUGACAAGACGGAGGAAAACCUACCAGUUCAAAGUCCUUCCCAACCCUGCGACAUUGGUGCUGAUAAAAUCGACAACCUUACCACAGUAUCUGAAGACUUUCAGGAGAAAGACACAGAAGCUGUUGACAUUUAUUUACAGCCUAUAGAAGUGGAAGAUAUCUCUGAAGCAGAUGACAGUGAAUAUCCUCUUGAUGACAUAGAGACACCUUGUGACCAGGAAGUUGGGCCUCUAAUUAGUGUUGAAACAUUGGGGGAAGAUGGAGAGACAGAUUUUGUAGAAAAACCCUUAUCGUAUGGCUCAGAAGCCAGCAAGUUUGUUGAUUCCGAAAGCCUAGGAGAAAAGGCCUCAUUGCUUGGCUCCGAUUCUAGUAGGGCAUCUGAUUUAGAAUGCAUUUCUGUGUUUGAGAAGCUAAGUUUAAAAGCUGCAGAGGAGAUAUUUACAACUCCGAUUUCUACACUUGCCAAAGAACAGGAAUUACAGAUUCAUGGCAUAGAGAUCCUUCCUGCUGAUGAAGAAAUCAUGGACAAUAAUCCAUCUGUGGUUUUGCUGCAAACUGAUCUGGAUACAGAAGAUCACAUGGUGCCUAAUAUAAUGGAAAUAGGAAAUAGCUGUGAGGUGCUCCAAGCACCAGAGGCAAUGGACGAAGUUACUCCUGCAAUUACUGUAGUUGAAACCAUACAAGAUUCGGGUGGUGCCACAAAUGAGCCAGUGAGUACAUGUGUUGAUACAGGUGUAGAUGAGCUCAUGGAAUCGCAGAGUGACUCUACAUCAGAUGUAAGCCUUUCUCCUUGUAAGUCAGAAAAAAGCACUAAAGACCCGAUUCAAAUUAAGAGAAAUAGACUUCGUAAGGAAAUUCUAUCAAGAUUAAAACUUAUAUGCCGGGGUUCAGGAAUUGGCCAACACGCCAGCUCCAAUUCUGAAGAUGAGAUCAUCAUUGUUCAUGAAAAACCUGGUAAAAAGCACACAGAGGAGCACACAGAGGAGCAGACAGAUACUAAAAUAGAGGGUUUGUCAAAAGAUGAAAUAAAUACUGUAAACCUUGUGGACAGCACCAGUGAGAACCAAACUCUCGAAUUGGACAUUCUUGAAGAGGAAAUAGUGCAGGAAAUAGCAGAAAAUAACUCUUCUAUAAGUUUGACCGAAUCUCUUGUUUGUCAGGAAGCAGAGCAGCCAGCUUCUCAAGAAAAAUGCGUAUCCCCACUUCGUGAUGACUUCACUGAUCACAUGGAUCAGGAUUCUGGCCAGAACCAGUCUGAAAUCUGUUGCAUAUUAAAUACUGGUAGCAUAAGUAAAGAGCAAUAUGAUCGCUGGUCAGAAACCUCAGACGACGACAUUGAAUUUGUUCGAGCUUAUAAAGAACCUCUAGCACAUAAAACAAGUAAACCUUUACAGAAGGAAAGCCAUGAGUUCCCCAGUCCUUCGGUGGAAGUGCCCACACCCCACUCUGAACCAAGCCGUUCAAGAAAGGAAAAACAUUCUAAAAGGAAUUCUGGCUCAAAUGCAUCACGGCGGGAGACGGGUGAACAUGCACCAAGAUACCACAGAGACCCGGAUUAUUCUAGCCCUAGACGUCACAAGAGUUUUAUCAUAACUAAAAAGUUAAGAGAUGCUGGAAGAACUCGGCCCACGGUCCACAAAGAAAGCAUCCAUGGUGGCAGAUCUGACUAUGACAGUUUAUUUGCGAAUAGAAGAAUGGUCUCAAGUGACCUCACCCAAAACACCAUUGACAUGGAGCAUUUGCGUUUUAUGUGUAAAUUAAAAGAGGUUUUAAGAAAAUCUUCCACAGAUCUACAUGUUUUUGAGCCUCCCUUUCAGACAAUGUUUGAGUCCAGAAGGAUUCUAGGCUGCCCAAGGUCCAGAACGAAGUCUAUAAGCCCUCUUCUUAUCACAGUCCGUUGUACACCUCACAGGAGAGACUAUAGAGGGCAUGACGGCUUGUUCCCAAGCAGUUCUUACAAUCAAGCUUAUGAGGGUGAGCUAAGGGACAAGCCUACAUAUUCUUCUAGGACUCCUAAAAAAGUAAGAACAUGUAGAUAUUCUCCUUAUCAUUUUAACCGGUUGAGGCAUGAGAGCUCACUGGAGAAACCAAACAGCGAUAUCUCAGUGAUUAUUAGGGAGUGCACCCAGUCCAAUCACCUAAAGCUGAGCCGUGUUGGCUUGGGUGGCACUCCUGUAGAGAGGACUUCAGCCUGUUCGGCACCAGAAGAGAGUGACCGACAAUUAAGACAGACAUUUGACCGCACGUCCACCAAAUCAAAGACUGUUGGGAAUAUUAUUUCCGAUCUUUGCACUAACCUACGCAGCAGAUUACACGGCAUAGCAAGAGAGUCUACGCAAACAAACUCUUACUUUUAUCUUGGCAAGACCAAUGUGGAUCAGGAUAAUGACAAAGGCGAUGAUUUCUUUUCAUUAACAAAGUCGUUGCUAAUAAAAGAUGGCUACACUCCAAUUGAACCACGGGACUUCUGUGACAGCGAGCAAGAAGAAUCAAAAAAACUUCUGGUUAUCAUAAGGAAUGAAAAUGUAUCUUCAGAGAUACAUAAGAUUCCAUGCUUGCUACAGCUGAGGCUUCUCCCUAACGUAACGUUUGCUGGUGUGGACACCCCUGAAGAUCUGCCGGAAUCGAUGUACCAGGAGCUUCUUCAAAGUGGUGGAUUUGUGGUAUCUGAUAGAGCUGUAUUGGAAAAUACAACUAUAGAUAAACUAAAAGAAGUUCUGACCAUAUUGGAGAAGUUGAGCCGAACUUCAGCUUGGAAAUGGCUCAUUCAUUACGGAGAUUACAGGAAACUGAAGGAAGAUAAAAGGGCAGAGUCUGCUUCUCGGGUUAAGAUUCCUUUGCUUAAGUCUUACCAGCAAUCGAACAUCAUUGAAAUCCUGCCUUAUCAUCGGUGUGACUCAAGGUCUAAAGAACCCUCAAGUGAUAUCGAUUGUGUGUUGAGCCUCCAAAGCCAGCAUAUCCGUUCAAGACUUGCUGUUUUUUUGACAGUUAUGCCAAGCACAGAAGCUGAGAAGUUGGAGCAGAAUGGAAUUCUUGUUUAUGAUGUGGACACUUUUAUCAGAAGAAUUCAGAAAGUAGAUGUACAGCUUCAGCCUUCUGUUUGGUCGUGAAGCAUUGUGGGAUUAUUGAGAAUACACAUAGGAAUACAAUAUUUUUAUCAGUAUAAUUUUUGUACAUAAAUAUAGAAGCGAAGAAAACAGAAAUGCACUUGAUCAUCUGCUUCAGUGGAAAGAGGAAAAAGUUUGAGACUGAGUCCACUCCUAGGACCUGUGCAGUAAAAUCUGCUUAUUCUAUGUGUGGAUGUUUUUUCUUCUCACUUUUCAUUAGUCUGAUGUAUAAAAGUGUUUGAAAGAAACGCUGCUGCCAAUUCCAUUCCAGCUGUCUUUUUUUCCAUAGGAAGGGAAGAGUGUGGCUGGUUAGUAUGGUACGCAAAUCACCUUUCAGACCUUUUCAUGGUUGACAUUUUCUGUUUCCCGACACUGAGAAUCUGCCACUUUGUUCUCAUUUUCUUCUGUUUUUCAAAACCAUACAAUAUCUUCUUGUAGUGUACAAUCCAUCUUGCCCCAUGCUGAAAAUCAGCAAUAUAUAAAUAUUAUUUUUUUUAACAUUUUUUUUUUUUUUUUUUUAAAUAUGUAAAUUGAGUGUUUAGCGGAAUCCUGAUAGCAGACUCUUUUGCAGGAAGCUAUUUAUACAGUUAAAAUAUUUCUUUAUGUACAUCGCAAUUUAAAUAUCUAUAUUUUUGGUUUUUGUAUGUUCUGUAAAUUAUUAUAUGCACAACAUUAAGCUAUUCUGGCUUAAAGCUAAUAUCAAACAGUAUAUGUUAUUAUAAAUCGAACCUUGUACUAUAAUAUGUAUUGGUAUAUUUAUCCCAAGCCUAUUUUUUUUUUUUUUUUUUGGGUUUCUUACAAGUAUCCACAUUGCAGUGCGUUUAGGUAGAUGUUGUAAAUAAGUACACAGGGAAGGAUUAUUUCUGAUACUUUUUUUCUAUCAAACCUGUACAGUGAAUGCAUUAGAAUUACUUUACUGACCUGUUUGGAAGAACCUUUGUAAACCAUUUUAUAAAUAAAGCGUGCUGAGAUAAAUGUUGCAAGGCGAAGCUUACGCAUUCAUUAAAAUUUUAGAGUUUUAAAAAGCU